AUGGAGUCCGUAGAGCGGAUUAUUCCAGGGCCUCACCCAGCAGUGCUCCUUCGAAGUGCAGAGGAUGUCUUCCGAGCGAUGGCACGAACACUGGCACCCCGUGUAGGAGCGCGGCUCAUAGCAGCCGCAACACUUGCUCAGCUCCACCAAGAGGGGCAAGAAGCGAGUGGCUAUUUGAAGAGUGUACUGUGCAGCUUGGACGCUGGUGGUCCUUUGCCACAGGUGCCACUGCAUUGGCCACUGGUGGAGGUGGAGACUUGUCUCAACGCAGCGCUGCGCGCCAUCAAUGGCCAAGGCGAUGUGCCACAGGUGCGAGUCGAAGUUGCUUGCUCAUGGGAUGCGCGAAUGAAGGCCUUUGGUCCUUCCAAAGCUGAUCUCACGAUCCGCUUGGGCUACCUGCAAGCCAGGCAGGCACUGCAUGCCUUUGUGGGCGGUGCUCGGCCGAACCGUGAGGAAGCUGGGCUCUUGCAGCAGCGUCUGGAAGCUCUUAGUGGGGACAUGCCGCUUGGAAGCAACUUCUCUCCCUGGAAUGAGCUUGAGACCUGCACUGAGGUUUAUGGGUCGUGCUGA